GCCUUUCCUACAACUGCUCAACCUCAUUCGUGUCGACUGCCCAGAGUCCACGAACAUAGUCUUCCAAAAGCUCUCCAGCACAAGGAUAUCGGAUAUAUUACAAUCUAACAAAAGAGAGGAAGAGAUAAAGGGUCUCCCUGUUGAAACAUGUCCCUCUAUAGCUUUGGAUUGGAGCCUCUGUCCUGUCAUGCCUGGAACAAAGACCGGACACAAAUCGCAAUAAGCCCCAAUCCUCAAAUGACGUGGAUUGAUUGGGCCCCAGAGUCCAACCGUAUAGUGACAUGUGCCUCAGAUAGGAAUGCCUAUGUAUGGAUGCUUAAGGAUGGGGUUUGGAAGCCGACGUUGGUGCUGGUUCGCAUUAAUCGAGCUGCCACAUGUGUCAAGUGGUCACCUCUUGAGAACAAGUUUGCUCUUGGAAGUGGGGCCAAACUUAUUUCAGUGUGCUACUUCGAAAAAGAAAAUGACUGGUGGCUGAGUAAGCAUAUCAAGAAACCCAUUAACUCCACCGUUCUGAGUCUAGACUGGCAUCCCAACAACAUACUGCUGGCAGCCGGCUCUGCUGACCUCCACUGCAGAAUUUUUUCUACAUAUAUCAAGGACAUUGAGGACAAGCCUGGGCCAACACCCUGGGGAUCCAAAAUGCCCUUUGGAGAGGUGCUUCUGGAGUAUAAAGAGUGCGGUGGCUGGGUGCACAGUGUCUGUUUCUCUCCAUCUGGUGAUGCUCUGGCCUGGGUUAGCCACAACAGCGCCAUCAGUGUAGCAAAUGCCACACAGGGAAAAGAGGUUACUCAGCUGACAACAGGACAUCUUCCAUUGCUGAGCAUGCUGUAUGUCAGUGAGACUGAGAUUGUAGCUGCGGGCCACGACUGUUGUCCUUAUCAGUUCUCAUACAAGGGUCCUGGAUGCUUGGAGUUUGUGAAGAAAGUGGACAUUCCCAAGCAGAGCUCCAAGGGCAACAUGUCUGCCAUGCAGCAUUUCCGUAAUCUGGACAAAAAAGCGACUACUGAGGAGGAAGAAACCGGGUUGGGCAGUCUGCACCAGAACAGCAUCACUCAGCUAUGUAUUCUGGAAGGGCCGAAAGCCAAGGUGGAGAAAUUCAGCAGUGUGGGCUUAGAUGGUGCCAUGGUGGUCUGGGAUUUCAAGCACUGAAACUCCAUGGGAUCUGAAAAGAGCAGAAGACAAUAAUAAUCCAGGACCAUCUU